ACCCAUUCUGAUCCUGGUGAUCAGCCCCCCUUCUUAUUCCCUUCAUCUUCUUUGAUCCUGGCGAUCCUUUUCUACACCCAGCACAAUUUCUUUCUACUAAAACAAUGCAGCUCGUCGCUUCUUCCCUCACCGUUGCCCUGGCACUCACCUCCCUGGUCGAAGGUCGGCCUGUCGCAACGUCGUUCUAUUCGGCCUCCUCGCCCGAUGCCGCGCUCCAGCCUCGGCAACAAUCGUCUCCUUCGCAUGUAUAUGCUCGCCACCAGUACCAACGUGCCUUUGUACCCCUCAACGAAGAGCCCAGAAAGCAACGCGGCCUUCAGCUAAGAUCGACGAGCCCACCCGUGCCUCCUCUCCCGCAACAAGCUCAACGACGGAGGGAUGUCCUCACUACCUCGCACGAAGAACAUCUGUACUCAAGCUCGCCAACAGCAAAAAGGAGCAGCGAUCAUGUUCACAUUCAUGAGCAUGACCACGGACACCUCCACGGCGACGAUGACGGCUUCCACCGUCACUACGGCUACCUGCGCGACGAUGGUCAUGAUCACGUUCACAUUCAUGACCAUGAGCACCAACGUCAUGACUAUCACGGCAAGGACCCCCACCACCAUUCCAAGCACUGGGCCGAGCACCAUGGUCUUAUCCGUCGACUCGAGUCUGACGAGCCUCUUUCCUUCAAGAUUGGACUAGGAGGCAUCGUCACCGUGGAAGACGGGAAGCAGACGGCCCAGGAGCAACGUCGACGCAACAUAUCAUUUUCUCGAGAGGUCGAUAGCAGCAAAAGCAGGAAUAAGUCAAUUCCCAGCCCCGACACUAGUGUGCCAUCGCAGUCCCUCGACGAGCGUGGCCUGGUGGGAGACCUGGUCAAACCACUGCUAGCGCCUCUCAAUAUCAUCCCUGGAUUCGUCACGAUCUCGAACCUCCUCUUCGGCGACGACACAUCAGCAGGUCUCCUCCAUCAGCUGGGGGGUCUUGUACUCCAUGUCCAUGUCAGCCACCGCAAUGCGACAAGCACCGACUCGACGAACGCGAGCAACAAGUCGUCGAACUCUUCGACAGGAGAGCGGGAAUAUGCGUUCAGCCUCAUGGCCAGCAAGAAUCAGCGAACCCAGGUCUAUCUAUCAACUAUCAACACCAACGCGACGACCACGGAAAAUCUGGACCAUGGGUCUUCAAAUAGGACGAUGAACGCGGUACAAGUUCUCCUCCCGCUCGUCAGCGAGGAAGGCAAAGCAUCGCUUCUCUGUGCUACUUAUGCUAGCAAACCGCCGAGCACUCUUAAUCUCGAGACAUGCCGAGAUGCUAACGCUACCGAGGAUGGUACCACCUCGCAGAGAUUCUCGUACAAUGCAACCGACGGUCGCCUCGAGCCAAUGUUCGCCACCAAUGCAACCACACCGACGUCAUCCAAGAUGCACCGAGAGCACGAUACUAAUGCUUUAGACUCGAAGGAUCAGGGAGGCAUGACAGCAGUCCGACUUCAAUUCGUUCCCAUCGAUGAGGAGGAACAGCCCGCCAGGGACAAUCAUGAUAACGCUUCCUCCAAUGACACCGCUGCUAAGAACAAUACCUCGAAUCACGACGAAAAGCUGGCAUCUGCUGUGAACUCCGACGCUUCUACGUCGUCGAAACAGCUACCCAAGGUGCAUCAAGCCCAGGACGAUAAGCACACGGAGCCAUCGAGUGAUUAUCGCACGGAUCAAACCUUCGGAAAAAGCGUUUACGCUAACGCCACCAGCGACGCAAACGAUUGGGACAAGGAAAGCGAUGGUGCAGUCCCCGCCUCUCCUGCGAAACCAGUCAAGGACGAUCAGCCCCAGCUUUACCUUAUAGAGAGCGACAGGGACCAAGCACAACAAGAAGAUAAGAGUGAUAAGACAGGCAACGACACAUCCUCGGCUCUGGCAUGGAAGACCUCUGGAACGAGCCGCGUCGCUGCUACCGAUGUCGCUGAUGCUCCAUCGACUGAUUCUGCAGACGACAGUACCGCGACCAAUGCCACCUCUACCGAUCCAGACGUUGAGGCCGCCUUUCGUGGCGCUGAACUCAGUCGCCAGAGCACCCAAGACGCUGACGAAAGCGAGCAGAUGAAUGCUUCUGCAACGGAAGGCUGCCCCUGCCGUAGUGUAAAGAAGUGAAAUGUGUUUCCACCAUAAUUAAUUAAUCUGAGU